CCGAGCCAAAGAAGGAAGAAGUGGAAAAACAGCAGAUUGAUUUGUGCUGGUACGAAUCAUGCAUCUCUCAACAUGAUUAGCGCCGCCACGUGCGGUGUCGGACGGGUCAAAGAACAUUUUUGCCAUUUUCCGAAAAUAAUAUUCCUGAUUUAUUUCCUUUAAAUUGAAAAAAGAAAAUUGGCGAGAGUGCGGAGGCGGCACUUGCUUCAGUACCACGUGGAAGGAUAUGAUUGGGUACUAUGACGUGGCUGUUUUAAGGGAUUUUUCGGAAAGAGCAUUGUAGUGGUCGUGAACUCGUCCGCUCUCUCUUGUAGUCUUGUGGCCCAUCCAUGGUUGCGUUAGCGGGCCGGAGCCCAUCCUUUUAAUCCUCCUCACACAAGGAGGUUACCACUACUAAUAAUGUUUAGUUGUUUAGGGUUUGGAAAUUAGGAAGACAAAAUUCCCAGAGUAUGCGUUUUAAUGGAUAAGGUAACAUGGUCUAUAACCGUAUCAGAGAUCGUGCCAAAAAGUUUGAGGUAGCCUAAACAAUAGUAAUUUGUGGUUGAACCACCGAUACAAUACGAUUUUAUAUGUAUCAUGCUAAAAACACACUUUUAUUGUUUAGUAGUCGACAGGGUGUUUAUUAUACACUAUCGAAAUUGUGUAUACACAUAAUUUGGUCCGACCCGUAUCGGACAAUUGCACACCCCUACCUGCUAAUAAUCGAAAAAUCGACAUAUCCCUUUGUUUUGCCUUGCCAGUUCACACCCAAAAACCUCGAAGCCGUCGCGACUCGCGAUAACGAUAACAAUAGCCAAAACAGAGAAGCAGACUUUUCCCCUCGUUUCCUUCCCUUUUUUCCUCUCUCUCUCUCCUUCUUUAUUCUCUUCUACAAUAACAAUCAAAUCCUCCCACAUUCAACCUCUUUUUCCCCCAUUGUUCCGUUCUCUGCUCUUUACCUGUUCUCUCUCUCUCUCUCCACUUAGUUCUCACCGUCGCCGGAACAAUCCAACUCGGUUGUCCUUUUUGCUGCGUUGGGGAAGAUAAUAUGGACUAUCUUGACCCAGCAACGGCGCCGUGUUCCAUUGACGACUUCCUCAACUUCGCUUCCGACAUAGGGGAAGAAGACGACGAACAGACACCUUCAAACCCCGGCCGCCGCUCCUCCUCCGUUAAACCGGAUGGCGUCGGACCCUCCCCCUUCGACUUUUCCGACCCAUUGACAGAAUUCCCUGAGGAAGAAUUGGAAUGGAUUUCCAACAAGGAAGCGUUCCCUGCGCUCGAGACAUUCGUCGACAUUGUCUCCGAGCACCCGGGCAGCCUGCCGAAGCAGCAUAGCCCGGUCUCGGUGCUCGAGAACAGCACCACGAGCAGCCACAGCUCGAACCGUGGUAGUGGUAGUGGUUUGGGUUCGGGGUUCAUCAUGAGCUACUGCCGGAGCCUGCAGGCUCCGGUGAAGAAGGCUAGGAGGAGCAAGCGGAGAUUGAAGUGCCGGACAGACAUACAGGACCCGCGGCAGUACUGGUGGAACCAUGAUAAAUUCCUGAGGGGAGGAGGGGGCAGGAAGUCGUCGACGGCUGGGAGGAAGUGCGAGCAUUGUGGCUCCGAGAAGACACCGCAGUGGAGGGCAGGCCCGUCGGGUGCCAAGACGCUGUGCAAUGCCUGUGGGGUGAGGUUCAAGUCCGGGAGGCUGGUGCCGGAGUACAGGCCGGCCAACAGCCCGACGUUUUCGAUGGAGCUGCACUCGAAUUCGCACCGUAAGGUUUUGGAGAUUAGGAAGAAGAAGCAUGGUGGGUCGGAUGGUUUUGUAGCUGUGAAAACACUGUGAGAAGGGGUAGGAUUAGGAACAAAGGCUAGCAGUGUAGUGGUAGUAGUUUCUACAUCUAGGGUUAGUGGAAAGGAAGGUUGUAGGAGUUGGAGAAACUUCUAUUGAACUUUGAAAUUGCAGGGUACGUAGUUGGUUCUUAUUCCUUUGGUAAUAGGUGAAAGUUUGAGUCUUUAUUAGUGUGGGUUUUGGCUGGUAUGUGUCAUUUUCUUUCUUUCCUUCUUCUUCCUCUAUAGAAUAGAAAGCCAAGGUAGUGUUAAGUUGAUAUUGGUCUACUUCUAUUUCUGCUUCUACUCUUCAUCAUCAUCAUCAUGUAAAGUUCUGAUUUUUCUGUUUCUGGAGAUGAUGCUUUGGGCUGGGGGAUUUUGGCUAUGAUUGUUUCUUUCCGUUAGACGUUGAGGCUGUGGUGGUGGGAUCAUCAUUGAAUCAAAGUUUUGGUUUAGGGUUUGGUUAGAAUGUGAUGCUGAGAGAUGUUCUUCAUCCUCAUUCUCAAUUUUGCAAUUGGUUUUGUUAUUUGUAAUGCAGAAGACGCUGGCGGUUGAUAUUGCUUUUCCACUGUUUUCAUUCACAACCGAACUUCACAAUGUUGAAUUGAAAAAGUUAGAGAUUUGUGGUUCAAGGAUUGACUGUUAUAGAAUCAUUGAUGUAUUAUACAUGAAAGGCAUAUAUAAUUCAAUAAUUUAGAACAUAAUUUAUCACUAACCAUAAAUAAUUUCAUAUUCAUAUUAACCAUUGGUCAAAAUUCUAACAAAUUAGUCAAAUUAUCCCACAAAAUAAAUUAUAAAAACAUUCAUUAAAUUGAAAUUAGUAAUUAGGAUGGUAGUUUGUACUGGACUGCCCAAAGCCGACAAGGAAACUUAAAAACAAAAAAUAUGAUACAAAAAUAAAAUUAGUAACUCAUAUUGGAUUGCGUCCUAGUUUACGUUAAAGUAUAGUUUUUUAAAACUUUGUGAUUAAAAAUGGUGAACCAAUGGAUCAAUCAAACCAUUAUGGUUCAUCUGAUUUCAUUUCAAACCCUUAAAAAUCGUUUGAUCCAUCCCCAACCAUCUAAGCAAGUCGACCGGUAUUGUAACUAGUUUAGUGAUUCUAUUGGUAGCGUGUCCAUUCUAUAUAAAGAACCUUACAUAGAUAAAUUUUUUGCUUCCACUCAAAGAGUAGCAAAUCACCUAUCAAUUCUUUCUUCCACAUUACAACCAUUACUUAUAAUCUUACAUCUCUUGGUAACUUGACCUUUGAUAUUGAUAAUUGAGCUACAUUAGUUUUAAAUCCAACCAUUAGUUACAAUCUUAUAUUCUCAUGGCUCGAAUUUGCUAGCUCACUAUUGUUGCUAAACUCACUAAUCCUUUGGGCUAAGCACACCAAUCAACUAUACUAUAUAGUAGGGGUGGGAACGUGGGUGGUUAAUUCGCGAAUUGAUAUUGAUCUACCCGCAAAUAACUUGACCCGCACGUAGUGGGUGAUUGAUGUGGGUGAAUUGCGGAUUGGUAAAUCUCCCGCCAGCACUUAUGUGGGUGGGUGGUGGGUGGAUUGUGGUUCACCCAUAUGACCUGCAUCCUAUUUUUACUUGAAAAAUGUUGUUUCUUAUAGUAUCGAAUAUUUAUCAUAUUUUCGAACUGCACUACAGUCUGACCAUAUAGCUCAAAAGGUGGAGAAUAAAUAAUAGUUUUGACUACUAUUAUUGGCCAUUGUGUUGUGCAAUAUCCAUUAGAUUUUGGAUUUUGGCAUGUAAAUAUUGUUAAUAACCAUUAAAUAUUGGG